AUGGCAUAUAAUGCAAAAAAGUUGAUCGAAUAUGAAUCACCUUUCUGGGCAUCUAAACUCUGCUAUAUUCCCCUGUAUUAUGUGAAAUUAGCGCAGCGAGCUACUGCUGUUGCUGCGCGUCAUCUUGGUUUAUCAAGCUAUUUAUUCUUACGUUGUGAUGAAGGUACACAACCCGACGUGCAACUUCUUGCAUGUACAGGUGGAAUCUUUGGGACAUACGAUGGAUGCUUUAAUAAUUUACUUGAGCAAGAAAGAUGUAUAAAUGAAGAUGUUAUGACUUGGGCCGCUUAUCAGACUUUAAUGAAUGGUGAAAAGAAAUAA